AUGGCGUCCCACGAAAACGAGCCGGACCAAAGUCUUAACGACAACAGCUCCAAAACUUGCACCCUCCCCGACGGACGAAAGCUAGGAUACGCAGAAUAUGGCUUGCCAACUGGCCACGCAAUCCUCUACCAACACGGCCUGCCCGGCUCUCGUCUCGAAGCCUCCUCCUACCACGACCUUGCCAUCUCCCUCGGCGCCAGAAUCAUCGCCAUCGACAGACCAGGCAUAGGUCUCAGCUCGCCACAUGCAUCCCGGACCCUUCUCUCCUGGCCCAAAGACGUCGAGCACCUCACCCAGCACCUGGGCUUGAAGUCCUACUCGGUAAUGGGCGUGUCGGGCGGCGGACCCUACACCCUCGCCUGCGCCUUUGGCCUCCCUGCCGCAAACCUAAAAUGCGUAUCUGUAAUCUGCGGCCUGGGUCCUCCCGACAUGAGCAUGUGGAGCGCCGAUAUGGUGCACUGGCUUAGUUUUCCCUAUGGCUGGCGCUUUGCCCCGGACUUUUUGCUAGAGUCCUUCUUUCGACUUGAUGUUUUCGGUCGCAUGGAGCUGAGCGAUGAGGAGAAGCUGCGGAAGAUGACGGAGUCCGAGCGCCUUGCUUCGAUUAAGAAUCCCAAGAACAAACGGAUUCUAAGUGAUGAGGCGUUUUUGACGGUGGCGCUCAGGGCGGGUCGCGAGGCGCAGAGGCAGGGGUUUGGGGGUGUGGCGCUGGAUGGAAAGGUUGUGUGUCGGGACUGGGGGUUCAAGAUUGAAGGGAUUAGAAGGGAUUUACCGGUUAAGUUAUGGUAUGGCAAAGAUGAUGUUUUUAUUCCGCCGAAUCAUGGGGUUGAGACUGCGGCGAGGCUGGAGGGUGUUGGGGGGAAGGUUGUGCUGAGGUUGAAAGAGGAUGAUACGCAUUAUAGUAUUUCGCAGGAUUGGAAGAAGGAGCAGCUUGAGGCUAUUCUUGUGGAGAUGCGGGAAUGAGUCUGUCAAUUCCAGGGCACUCACGAUAGUUUCUUCUUUCUCCACUCUGCGUAGAAGUUGUAUGGGUAAUGUUUUUCUUGUAUAUAUGUGAAAUGUAUGGUGUUUUAAAUA